CUAGCCUUGAGAAACCCCGCUUGAUAUAAAUACGUGAUGGCGUUUAGGUCUCUGACAGAAAGCUUCACGUUUAUGAGAAAUAAUGCAUUCCAAAACAGAAGUUUCUAUCGUGACGAUAAGUCUGAUCAAGAAUCAUUGGUAUCCAAAUCUAAAAAUAAAGCUCCUGUCAAUAACUCUACUAAAAAGUUACGUAAUGAAUGGCAAACCACAGUCAAUUCACUUCAAUAUACGUUCAGCAUGAUACGACAAAAAAUGAAAGAAGUUAUUGCUCUUCAUGAUAGACAUCUCAUGGCUUCGAAUUUGGAUGACAACUUAGAUGAAGAUCAGGAAAUAGAGUUUCAAACUAAAGAGCUUACUCAGUUGUUUAAUCUAUCACAUAGCCAACUUGGCCAGUUAUCCAAAUUGAAACGUUCCUCCGCUAUGUGGCAACAAUCGCAAGAAGCCAAGUUGGCAGAAAACGUUGUUUGUAAUCUGGCGCGAACUCUUCAAGAUCUCUCAGUGGUAUUUCGAAAGGCACAAUCAGAAUAUCUAAACAAACUUCGAUCCAGAGAUGAACGAAUACGUAGUUACUUAAAUAUAGAUUUAAAUAUAGGAGAUACAUCAUCAACAUCAAACAACCUGGUAAAUGAGUUUGAAGAUGGUGAUUAUGCUGUUUGGGAAUCACAAAAACAAAGACGGAGUUUAUUACUUACAGAAAAUACAAACAUGGUUGUACAACGUGAACAAGAAAUUCAUCAGAUUGUUCAGUCUAUUCAUGAAUUGAAUGAGAUUUUUCGCGAUGUUGCACAAAUGGUUGUGGAUCAAGGGACAUUAGUGGAUCGUAUCGAUUAUAAUGUGGAACAUACUCAAAUUCGAGUUGAAGAGGGUUUGAAGCACUUGACAAAAGCUCAAAGUCACCAAUCGAAGGAUCGUAAAAUGAUUGUUAUCCUUGUAUUGGCUGGAUUGGUAAUUAUAUUCGGUGUUCUACUGAUUGUUACCAAAUUUCGAUAAUUCACCACAGAGAUUGUUCUGACCACUUUUGAAAUGACCGCCAUCUUUACUGCAUUAUUCUAAAUUAUUAUUUAACAUGAAUAAAUAUGUGAUAAAAAGUUGUCUUGUUAAGUCAUUCGUCUUUCAUACUUGGUUCUGAACAAAUUUUUCAAAUGUGUUCAUAUACUACUAAACCAACUUGGUAUUAAUAGCAUCAAUUUAGAAUAACUUGAAUUAAGGUGUUGUUAAUAGUUCUUCAUUUAUAACUUUGUGUCUAGGAAAUGUUUGUGUUGUUUCAACAUCUUUUUUUUGUAAAUAUGUAAUACUCUUGUGUUAUUUAAUUAUGAAACUGACUUGAACCCUUUCUAUCAAUUUUACAUAAUCCUUUUCUUGUAUCUUACCACUUUGAGUAAAGCAUUAAAAUACAUUCCUUCAUCAUUGUUUCUCAUGUUGUUUGUUUCCCGACGCUUACUGUUAUACUUGUGAUAAUGAAUGAUUGUUUUAACUUUUCGUAUUAUUUCUUUUUCAUGAGAUUUUUCGUCUGUUUUCAUAUUUUUAUUCAUUUAUACGCUAAUGAUUAAGCUUAUAUUGAAACUUUACAUAAUGUAAAUAUAUCAGAAUAUAUGUAUAUGAAACAGAA